AUGCCACACUUUCCUGGACAACUCAAGAAACUUUGGAGCAAAUGGGAGAUUGUAGGGAUGGUUUUAUCUAGUCUUUUUCUGCAAAUCCUUCUCAUCAUGUUUGGUUCUCGGAGGAAGCGCAUUACAAGAAUCUGGAUCAGAAUUCUUGUUUGGUCUUCUUACUUGCUGGCAGACAUGGUAGCCACUGUUGCUUUGGGUGUUCUUUCCAGGAGCCAGCUUGGAGAAAUGGGUGACAUUCAGUUUGCAGAAGAAAACAGUUCACUUCGUGCGUUUUGGGCACCUUUCCUUCUCGUGCACCUUGGUGGCCCAGACACAAUCACAGCUUUCUCCAUCGAAGACAAUGAGCUGUGGUUGAGGCAUUUGCUUAACCUUCUAGUUCAAGGUUCUGUGGCUUUUUAUGUUGUCUUACAGUCUUGGGAUUUCAGUGUCCUCUCAUUUAUAACAAUUUUUAUGUUAUUUUCCGGAAUUGCCAAGUACGGGGAGAGGACUUGGGCGCUCAGAUCUUCAAGUACCGAGAACAUCAGAAACUCUUUGCUCUCAACCCCGCCUCGCCUGCGAUUAGAUACAAAGAGUAUAAUGGUUGUUCCGCGAGGACACCAUAUUCCUGAUCAGACCAACUAUCUUCAUCAAGCUUAUUAUCUAUUCAAGAUGUCCUUGUAUCUCUUUGAAAAUCUUAUCCUCAGCCUUACUGAACUGAAGGACAGCCACUCUAUCAUUUCUUGCCAAUCAUCAAAGGAUGCUUUCAAGUUGGUAGACUUGGAGCUCGGAUUCAUCUUUGACAGACUUUAUACUAAGGCUCCCAUAGUUUAUUCCCGAAAAGGAGUUUUUCUUCGCUUCCUUACCUUCUCCUCCUCUUUCAUUACACUAGUUUCCUUCUCAUUCUUCGUUGACAAGCAUCGCUGCUCACCCAUCAAUGUUGCUACAACUUAUCUGUUACUAGCUGGAGCUCUUGGUUUGGAGGUUUAUGCAAUGUUACAACUCGUUUUCUCUGAUUGGACAAUGAUUUGGUUAACUAGGUUUACAAGCACACCAAGUAAUCCCAUUGGUAAUGCCAUUUACUCCCUUCGUGCAUAUUUCGCCAAUGAAAAGAGGUGGUCAGGGUCCAUGGCACAGUGCAACCUGAUAAGUUCUAGCUUUGCAAUCAAAACAAUCAAGAGUUUGAGCAAGUUUAUGGGAAUCGAUCAAGAAACAUUGAAGCACUUGCACGUAAGUUGGGAGCAUACAAAUGACAAUUUGAAAGAUCUGAUCUUCGAAAAUCUUCUUGAGAAGGGGAAUGAGAUUAUAGAGCAUCUCCAAGAUAAGGAGAACCGACGUACUAGACUACUAGCUCAAAGGGGGGAUGGUGUGCUUGAGAAGAUGAAAAGGCUAGAAGAAUUCCGCUGGUGCACAACGUCUGUGGAAUUUAACCAAAGCCUCUUUAUUUGGCACAUUGCUACUGAUCUUUGCUACUAUGUUGAUCAGAAGUUCCAUUCGAAACAAAGGAUGUCUAAAUUACUAUCUGAUUACAUGUUCUAUCUUCUGGUCGUGAAACCAAAUAUGCUUCCCAAGAGAAUUAGUGAUUCAGGGUCUAGAUAUCGAGAUGCGAGUGACGAGGUGGAGAGAUUUUUCCAAGUAAGAAAGAAAGAGCCAUCAAAUGGUACUGCAAGGGAAGCUCGCAUGACAUUGUUCCAAGCGAAGCAGGAGGAGUUGGAAGAUGCCAUAGCAAUUCCUAUUGAUACGACGCCAACAAUUCCUGGAGCAUAUGGAAGCAGCAAGUACCUGCUCGUCCAUGGGUGUAAGCUAGCUCAACAAUUGCAGAAGUUGGAAGCAGAGAAGUGGAAGGUCAUAAGUGAGGUUUGGGUUGAAAUGCUCACUUACGCUGCAGGUCAUUGCGAAUGGAGAGACCAUGCCCAGCAACUUAAAAGUGGUGGAGAGCUACUCACUCAUGUCCGACUUCUUAUGGCACACCUAGGUUUAAGCCAACAAUAUCAGGAAAUUCUUCUUAGUUGA